GACGAGCAAGGAAACACCAAACUGAAAGUAGCAGCGGACCAUUCAGUUGAGCAUAAGUGCGUCAAGUUAUACAGUUUAAUUUAAGGAUAAAUCCAGUGGCCUGAGAAAAUGUCUCGCAGAUAUGACUCUCGGACAACCAUAUUUUCACCUGAAGGACGCCUGUACCAGGUGGAGUAUGCUAUGGAAGCUAUUGGUCACGCAGGAACGUGUCUGGGGAUCCUGGCCAACGAUGGCGUGCUGUUAGCUGCAGAAAGACGCAACAUCCACAAACUGCUUGAUGAGGUUUUCUUCUCUGAGAAGAUCUACAAGCUCAACGAAGAUAUGGCGUGCAGUGUUGCUGGGAUCACGUCAGAUGCUAACGUACUGACAAAUGAGCUGCGGCUAAUUGCACAGAGGUAUUUAUUGCAGUACCAGGAGCCAAUCCCAUGUGAGCAGCUGGUCACAGCUCUGUGUGACAUAAAGCAGGCCUACACACAGUUCGGAGGUAAGAGACCGUUUGGCGUCUCGCUGCUCUACAUAGGUUGGGACAAACACUAUGGAUUCCAGCUGUACCAGAGUGACCCCAGCGGAAACUAUGGAGGCUGGAAAGCAACCUGUAUUGGCAACAACAGCGCUGCUGCUGUGUCCAUGCUGAAGCAGGACUACAAAGAGGGGGAGAUGACUCUGUCUUCUGCUCUGGCUUUAGCCAUCAAAGUCCUCAACAAAACCAUGGAUGUCAGCAAGCUGUCAGCAGAGAAAGUUGAGAUUGCCACGUUGACGCGUGAAGAUGGAAAAACAAAUAUCAAGGUGCUGAAACAGAAGGAAGUCGAGGAACUCAUCAAGAAGCACGAGGCUGAAGAGGCCAAGGCUGAAAAAGACAAAAAGGAAAAGGAGCAAAAGGAGAAAGACAAAUAAGACAGAAUAUUCACACACACACACACACACCACGUUUCACAAUAUCCUGUAUUGUUUCGUCUUUUUCAAUAAACUCUCAGAAACUGA